CUCAUCACCAUCAUUAUUAUUAUUCUAUUAUCAUUAUUACUAGUACAACUAACCCUGCUCCCUCCAGCAUAAAAAGACACGCGACUCGUCCCCCGUUUUUAUGACGCGAUUUUAUUUUAUUACGUUUAUUUUACUAUCGUUGGUUAGUAGUGGAAGAAUCCGAACCCACUCAGGGGUUUGUUUCUCCCUUUGCACUCUCUGGUCCUUCCUCCUUCUCCUUCUCCUUUCCCUUUUCUUUUCUUUUGCUCUUCGACUCUUCUCUGGCCGCUUCUCCGAGUCCGAUGUGGGGAUAAACCAAGCCAUGCUUCAUAUGGCGCCGCCCCAAAAUUUCCACACCAUCUAUCUCAUCAUCAACAAGCCAAAGCGCAAUUGCCCAAUAGUCAAACCCCUAGCUUGGCGGGACGGAGAGUCUAAAUCUAUCCCUGGUAUUGUAUUGUUAUUAUUAUUGGUCCUGUCAGGAUACAGUCUGUCAUAUGAGCCUGUCACGUAUGGAUAAAUGAACACUCUGAAAUAGACUUAUACGGGCAAAAUCCGUCACCAGCAUCUUUAUAAGUAAAUAUCUGUCAGGAAAAAGAGGUUAUACACUACUGAACGCCACCAACAUCGUAUUACUACUAUAUUUCUCAUCAUCAUCAGCUUACUACAAUGCUCGUCUAAUACUCGCUUAUGCUAGCUCUCUUGGCUCGCACAUAUAUUUUACUAUAAAUAGCUCUAUCUUUUGUAUGAAAUAGAUAUAUUAGAUAGUGUACAGAUAAUAUAACAAGCAGAUCUUGAUACACAUAAGAUUCAUAUGUCUUCAACAUAUUCAUCCGUGACACCCAUUCCGACAGUUAUGAGCCCGGUAAGCAGCAUCUGAAGAGAAGUGCAAUACACCGAUCCCAAUCCUCAUUUGAACUGAUAACUAUCAUUCAAACUGAGACAAUUGAUCCUCAUUCGUAUACAGUCCGAUCUACUCAACCGUUAUACACUGAAUCCCGGUAAGCAGCAUCUGAAGAGAAGCGCGAUACACUGAUCCCAAUCCUCAUUCGAAUUAGAUAACUAUCAUUCGAACUGAGACGAUUAUACACAAUCCCAAUCCUCAUUCAAACUGAUAACUAUCAUUUGAACUGAGAUGAUUGAUUCUCACACAUAUACAUUCCGAAAUACUUGACUGUUAUACACCCCGAAUUCUGAUCAUAUUCUCAAAUACUUGAACCAAUUCCACAAUCAAUUCAAUAUAACCGAUAUGACAGACAAGACAAUGUCUAGUGCAACAGUACACCUUAGCAUUCCUGGAGAUUGGAACUUUGGUACAAGCAUAUGCUGGGAUAUGCAAAGGACAAGAAGAUAUCAGACUUCAUCAACCUUGAUAAACCUGAUAUCUUCU